UCUUUAAUGUGAUGGAUAUAAAACUGCGACCUUCACAAACACCGAGAAUAUCAUCUUUUGACACGUUUGCAGCCCUCUCGAUAACACACUCUCAUAAUUAGAGUCUCUUCUAACAGUGUUGCGUCACAAGGGUUGAACACCCACAUCACGGGCACCAUCGCCGACCUCACCAAACUCGACCACAAAUCCUGCAUCGCAACCUCUCACUUACAAAAACACCCAAUCCCCAAUUCCCAACCACAUCGCAUCUCCAACAACAAACAAUGGACAUCGACUCUCCCACCCCGCAAAACGACCUCACAACAACGACGACAACAAACCCAAACCCAAACGCACAUCCCACCUCAACCCCUUCACAAACACAAACACAACCAUCCACCUCCCACACCCACACCCGCACCCUCACAACCCUCACCCUCAAAACCCCCCCCUCCGCCUACGCCCACCUCUCCCUCACCAACCCCACCUUAACUACCACCACCACCACCACCAACAACAGCACCACCACCACCACCAACGCCCCCGACAUCCUCCAACUCCGCGCCCACCUAACCACCGCCCUCCGGCAAUUCCUCGGCGACACCGGCGCCGCCAUCCCCAUCGAUUUCCUCGCCGUGCGGGGCGGGGAGGCGUGGGUGCGGGUGCCGCGGGAGGAUCUGGGGGCGUUCGUCGGGGCGGUGACGGCGUUUGCCGGGGCGGGGGAGGAGAUGAUGUCUACCGAAGGGGAGGGGGCGGGGAUGGUAGUAAGGGUUGUGGCGAGCGGGGACUGGUUGGGGAGUUUGGUUGGGAAGGGGGGGGAGGGGAGGGUUUGGGGUGGCAGGGGCUGAUGGGGUAUGGUUUCGCGGUUCGUUUUUUUGUUGUACGAUUGGGGUGGAUGGGGGGUUUGGUUUGGUUUGGGGACUAGCUUGGUUUGAUUUUGAAAAGGGGCGGGGGUGUUCUAUAUCUGCCCAGCUCGCUGGCUAGUAUCUAGAUACGAGGCGUCUAAUCUGUGCGGCGACGCACCGACGUGUGAUAGACGGUUCAGCUGCACCUCCCUUGCCAGGUCCUAACUUGGAAUGUUGGAGGGAGCAUGGCAAGGGGCUGGCUCCGAUGGGUCUCUCGACCACCCGUGAUAGCCCUCUCGAGAAAUACCUGGCAAUCCAUCAACCACAGACAGAGUAGCGCCGUACGGGACCACCUGAACGCCAACAGCCCCUCCUAGAGUGGGGAGUAUGCAAAGACCUCUCAAUCCC